AUGGCGGAACCGGAAGUGCCCGCGCCUGCACUGUCUCCGGACCCAAUUCUUUUCGAGUUAUAUGGAUCGGAGCGACCACCGGUUGAGCUACUUCCUGGAAUAUCUUUAUCUCCUGUUGUGAAUUCUUGCUGGCUUCCUGCCGAUGCGAAGGUGAUGCUUUCGGAAAGCUGGAUUCCUGUCCCGCAAGAGGAAGUUGAAGGCUCGGGGCCGCCUCCGCCCUCCUUUAACGCUGCGGCACCGGAAUACAACGAAUUGGUUCGCCGGCUUUCCCGCAGCACGCCCUUCCAGCAAUGGAACAAGCUGACCAUCCAGGCUAAGGAGCUGGAGAAGGAGAUCUCGACCCUGAAGGGCGCAGAAGCUGAGGUGGGUCGCAAUCGUAGUGGUGGUGGUGGUGGUGGUAGCGGAAUGGGUGAUGAACUGGUGACGGGUGCGACCGCGGCUAAGAAUGCUGAGUUGGAGGUGCUCCGUGUGGCCAUAGCGGAUGCUGAGGCAGUGGUUUCGGAGCUGAAGGCCUCAUUCACCGAUGACCCCCUGUCGCUAGUGUCGUGGAUGCAGGCCCUGACCGACCUAGCGGACGGCGGUCUGACCACUUUCGAGGUGAGCGGCGCCGGCUGGCCGUACUGCUCUCUAAGGUCGCUGUUCGGCGAGCUGCCCUCGGCUGCGCCGCCCGCGGGCUUCUUUGACGGAGUGGAGCGGGUGCUGGGGACAUUCAAGAGGAGGUACGAGAAGGAGCGCGGUCCCAACCGCAUUCAAUUGUUGCUCAAGCUGGCUCCCAAUGUGUUUGCGGAUGCCUGGGCGGCGGGCGGGGCGGCGGGUGCGGCGGCGGCUGUGGAGGCGUUUGUGGAGCGUGCGCGUUCCAAUGUGUUUGGUGCUGAGGGUGGUACUGAUGCGGAGGGGGCGGUGCUGCCCCUGGACCUGGUGCAGCUGGUGUGGUGGGACUUCAAGAACUCGGACCCCCUCCCCGUGCUCAAGACCCUCCAGAAGCUAGCCACGGACCAACUAGAGGUGAACGAGGAGACCGGCGAGGUGGUGAUUUCGGAGCCCAAGAAGAUUCGUGGCAUCGGCCUCAUUGACUUCCCCGCCGACCAGCUCAAGGCCGUCAUUCAGGCGGGCGUACCCAUCACGUGUGUGCAGGUAUUAGGUUUGGAGCGGUUGGAAGCGGUGGAACACAGUGUGUUGGUUCGCAGCUCCUCUCCCGUACUUGCCCUGUGUGCCCGGUACGGCAUCAAGGUCCUCGCACGUGGAGGCACCCUGGGUGGCCUGCUGUCGGACAAGUACCUUGGGGCUCCCCCACCGGACCCCGUCAAGGGCGACCCCGACCUGGACUCGGUUCCCGCCUGUAUGGACAUGGUCAACAACAUCGGGGGCUGGAGCAAGCUGCAGGAAGCCCUGGCUGUCGUGAAGAACGUGGCUGAGAAGCACGGCGUGAAGCCCGAGACGGUGGCGCUGCGCUGGCAGAUCGACGCGGGUUGCUUCCCGUUGGCGACCACCCGCUGGGGGCCCCGCGCGUGGCGCCAGUUCGGCUACCUGGGCUGGGGCUCGCAGGAGAUGAGCGGUGGGAAGCCGGGAGUGGAUGCGGCGCUAUUCCAGGUGGAGUCUUUCCUGGACGUGGACGACAUGACGCGGCUGGAGGCGCUGGCGACUGUGCAUGCGUAG